AUGACGGAAACAAAGUCAUUGACCACCAGCCCCGGCAACAACCCGGGAUUCCAAGUCGAUUUCAAUGUCCGUCUGCAAGCGCCCAGAGUGCCCCGCCUCGACGUCGUUUUGCUGCUGCAAGCAAUACUGUACCGACGCUGUCCCCAAAACUUCAAGCGAGAACAAAUGCUGGGUGAUGCGUGGAGUCUGUUCGAGGCACGCACUCCAGGCCCCCCGCUUCCCGUGCUCCCCUUGUUCGCAGAAGAUAUGCAGAAGGCCCUGCACUGCGAGCUCCACCUUGUGUAG